UUGGAUUGUAGAAGAGACGAAGAGACUGACAGGUGUAUACAAAGUCGCAAAAUAUUUAAGAGACGGUGUAAUAUAUAGUAUUUAGAGUAAAAAUUGAAACUUGAAACUAUACAGCAUUUCUGUCCAGUAGAAAUUUCUUCACAAAUUGUUUACUAUAUUAAGCGUUAUAUCAAUCAAAAUCAGUUUAAUUAUUAUAUUCCAACAGAGAUUAAAUACACAAAAUACCCGGCUAGUUCGAUCUCCAGCUCACAGCGACAUCUGAGUACCAGAUAUAGUUAUAGCGUAUAGAGGGAGAACACAUCCUACCAGUCUCCAUAGGUAUACCGAGUAUGCCGCUUGCUAUAUACUAUUCGUGACCUUGACUACCGCAAAACUGCCUCCACAUGUCUGUCAUAAUAGACUUCCUGAAGAAGUUCGAGGUGUACUCGACGCUGAUUGUAGCCUUUCUGAUCUACAUACAGUCGAUAUCGUCACCGCCACUGGAGAUGACCGUUGGAGUCGACUUCGAAGUCUACGGCAGAGUGCAAGGAGUGUUCUUCAGGAAGUACACGGAAGCAAGGGCGACUGAACUCGGCCUGAAAGGAUGGUGCAUGAAUACGAAGCAGGGAACCGUUCUCGGCUACAUAGAAGGAGAAAGGAAUAAAGUCGAAGAAAUGAAAACGUGGCUGCAACGCACUGGGAGUCCACAGUCGGCCAUCGACAAGGCUGAAUUCCGAAACGAGAAAAUACUGGACGGCACUACGCUGGAAAAGUUCAGUAUCAAGAAGUCAUCCUAGAUUCUAUAAGAAUUAUGUAUUUAUUAAAUUAUUUCGCUCGCGAACGUAGCCAGUUUAUACGUAGCCGAAAGAAGAAAAAUACCCCUCUUAUAGUUCUCGAUAACCUGGCUUGUAAAACCCGACUGAUUCAAGCGAAGCGCGAAUCCUGUGAUUUUUUUUAAACUUUAAUAGAUAAACAUUUCUCUCUCGAAA